AUGGGCUGGAGAGGCGGAGAAGGGCUUCCUGGCGCAGUGGUCCUUUCGCCUGGCUCCCGCCCACAGCUGGAGCAGACUUUGCCAUCAGUGUCGGUGCUGAACCCUGGCUGGCCCCACCGAGGGGAGGGCCUCACCGCUGGGGAUGCAGACCCACCAGUGAACUUCGACAGUGGCCCAGGCCACCUGCCGGAGGAGGACCUUGAGGAGACCUCUGCUCAGGAUCCUGAAGUUCUGAGCCUGGGGCUCCUUGGCCUGGACACCAACUGAGCCCCCAACUGGCCUGGGCUCCAGAUGCUCCUGCAGCAGCUCCCUCCUCAGGACAGCGAUGAGCGAUACUGCCUGGCCCCUGGGGAGGAGGAGCUGGCUGAGCUCCAGCUCUUCUGUGCCCAGCGGAGGCGUGAGGCCCUGGGACAGGGGGUGGCGUGCCUGAUACCUCCCAAGCUCCAAGAAUGCACCUGUGGAAAGUGCAGGGAGCGCCUGAGGCCAAGGGAAUACGGAGUGUUUGCGGCCAGGGCAGGAGAGCGGCCCUGCUGGCACCAGGCUUGCUUUGCUUGCCAGGCCUGUGGCCAGGCCCUGAUGAACCGCAUCUACUUCUACCACGAUGGGCAUCUCUACUGCGGCCGUCAUGCUGAGCUGUUGAGGCCACACUGCCCUGCCUGUGACCAGCUGAUCUUCUCCCCGCGCUGCACCGAGGCGGAGGGAUGGCGCUGGCACGAGAACCGCUUCUGCUGCCAGGACUGCGCCGGGCCCUUGGGGGGUGGACGUUAUGCUUGGCCGGGGGGCGGCCCCUGCUGCCCCACUUGCUUUGAGAGUCGCUACUCGGAUGCCGGCUGGAGCCUGGCCGCGACCCUGGAAGGCAGGCCGCCCCGUGGUAAGGGAGGAAAGGUGCAGAUCCAAGGGGAGUGGGCAGAGCGAGGUCCCCCGGACUGGGGCCCUCGCCCCGGUCCCACGCCGUCCCGUCCCUCCAGCAGCGCCCCCGUCCUCCAACCGCACCCCCAAACCCGAGCUUCGGGGCCCGCAGCUCUCACCACGCAUCCCUGGCCGGAGCGCUCCGAGGGCCUCCCGAGCCCAUCCCGCGCCGCGGGUGAGGUUGCGGCGCGGGUGGCUCCCGGACUGGGGAUGCUGCCGCCCUCUGGUGGGCGGAGGCGGGGCGGGGCGGGAGGCGGGGCCUAGCCACGGGGUGGGAGGGGCGCCCCGCCCGGAUCUGGGGGUGUGAGACGCAGGCCCCUGAGAGAGGCCUGUCUGACCCGCGGAGCAGGGGAGGCGGGGCUCGGCAGAGCCGAAGGCGGGGACCGCGCUCCGCUACCCUCCGCGGCCGUCUCCGGAGCAGACUUCGUCGCGGCCGCCGGCUCCAGCCCAGAAACCCAGAGGCGGCUGCUGGGGUUCAGCCGGGAGCAGGAGAGCCCAGCUGGGGACAAGGCGGAGGCGCCCAGAGGACGGGGGCAGGGCCCUCUGGAGAGGUCCAUUGGUCCCGAGGAGGACGUCCCCUGCCCCACCUGCUCCUCUUUCUCCGACUCAGACCCCGAAGGCUUUUUCUUAGGUCAGCGCCUUCCCCGGCCCUGAGCGGCCCCGAGACGCCUCCAGACUGGUGACAGUGGCACCUCCAGGAAGCGUUGCACCGUUUGCUAGGGGCGCGGCCCGGAGCCGGGGGAGUCGAGUUGAGGGGUGGUCUGUGAGGCGGGGGCCGAGACUCCUCUCCCCGUAAAAGUCCUUACUGAACGCAGCCAGGGACGCGCUGGGAGAGGCGGCGGGGUGGCCAGCUUGAGCACCUCCUCCUCAGCCCGCGCAUUCUGUGACUCUUGAUGGAGACUUUCUUGGGGAGCCCCAUUCCCCAAAGCUGCGCAGCCCCUGCUGAGCUAGCCC